GCGGGGGAGAAGGUGGAGGAUAGUGAUUGGCUAGAACAGCUGCCAUUCCUCAGAGCCCCGUUUUCCGAAUGGUGUUUCUCCGUAGAAUGGGCGGAGGAGCUGGAUUGGGGUUGCGGAGGGAACGAACGGCGGGAGUAGCAGCAGCCUGAGGAAAGCGACUCAUGGGAAAAAGGGCUCCAUCUGUGCAGCAUUGCAGGCCUUUGAAGUGAAGAAAGUGACUUCGGAGUUUGUAUCUCUCUUCAACCAUUUGGGAUUUAAUUUGCAUCAUCUCUGAUCCUAUUUAAAAAGAAAGCAGCAAGUCAAGCCCACACACAACAUGUUGUUGUGCAGGAGGACUUCCACUCCCUGGCUGUGCUAUUAAUGUUAGCAAUCAGGAAAAGCCUUUGGGGGCUGCAGAUUCUCUAGUCUGAUGCUUCUGCCGCUGCCAGUGCUUCUAAGGGUUUUGGUGCAGGGGAUCCAAACCGCUGCCUUCUCCAUCGGCUGAGGUCUUCACAUCUGCAUGUCUCUGCUGCUCUUACACACUCCAUCUUCCACCCUCUCUCCAUGGACUGAUUGCUGUUAAGGAAAGCUGAGCCUAACCACGGGAUUGCCUUUGAGAGAGGAACACAGAUUGCAUUAUUUAUCAUAUUCUGGUGGAUCUGCUCAGAGGAUAAUCUAUUUUUUCAGGGGGGUGGGAGAAAAACAUGACGUCGCCAGCUAAAUUCAAAAAAGAUAAGGAGAUCAUAGCUGAAUAUGACACUCAAGUGAAAGAGAUUCGAGCCCAGCUUAUUGAGCAACUGAAAUGUCUUGAUCAGCAAUGUGAGCUUAGAGUGCAGCUGCUGCAGGAUCUACAAGAUUUCUUCCGCAAGAAGGCAGAGAUUGAGAUGGAUUAUUCCAGGAAUUUAGAGAAGCUGGCUGAACGAUUUCUGGCAAAAACAAGGAGCACCAAAGACCAGCAGUUCAAAAAAGACCAGAAUGUUCUUUCACCUGUCAACUGCUGGAAUCUUCUCUUAAACCAGGUGAAACGAGAGAGCAGGGACCAUACCACAUUGAGUGAUAUCUACCUGAAUAAUAUCAUCCCUCGAUUUGUUCAAGUCAGUGAAGACUCUGGACGACUUUUCAAGAAGAGCAAAGAAGUUGGGCAGCAGCUCCAGGAAGACUUGAUGAAGGUCCUGAAUGAGCUCUACACGGUGAUGAAGACCUACCACAUGUACAAUGCAGACAGCAUCAGUGCUCAGUGCAAGCUGAAGGAGGCAGAGAAGCAAGAAGAGAAGCAGAUUGGGAAGUCUGUGAAGCAAGAGGACAAGCAAACACCACGCUCCCCUGAUUCAGCCUCCAGUGUCAAAUUUGAAGAAAAGCAUGUCCGGCGGAGUUCAGUCAAGAAGAUUGAGAAAAUGAAAGAGAAGCGCCAGGCAAAGUACACAGAAAAUAAACUGAAGGCUAUUAAGGCAAGAAAUGAGUAUCUGCUGGCUCUGGAGGCUACCAAUGCAUCUGUCUUCAAGUAUUACAUCCAUGAUCUGUCUGAUCUCAUUGAUCAGUGCUGUGACCUGGGUUACCAUGCCAGCCUUGGUAGGGCUCUCAGGACAUUCCUGUCAGCAGAGCUGAACCUAGAACAGUCAAAGCAUGAAGGCCUAGAUGCCAUUGAGAAUGCUGUGGAGAACUUGGAUGCUAACAGUGACAAGCAGCGCCUCAUGGAGAUGUGCAACAAUGUCUUCUGCCCACCUAUGAAGUUUGAGUUUCAACCUCACAUGGGUGAUAUGGUGUCCCAGCUGUGUGCCCAGCAGCCAGUGCAGAGUGAGUUGGUACAGAGAUGCCAGCAGCUGCAAUCUAGAUUAUCCACACUGAAGAUUGAAAAUGAAGAGGUGAAGAAAACAAUGGAAGCAACGCUGCAGACAAUUCAGGAUAUAGUCACCAUUGAGGAUUUUGAUGUCUCAGACUGCUUCCAGUAUAGCAACUCCAUGGAGUCAGUAAAAUCAACAGUCUCUGAAACCUUUAUGAGCAAGCCCAGCAUUGCCAAGAGACGGGCCAAUCAGCAGGAAACAGAGCAGUUCUAUUUUACGAAGUUGAAGGAGUAUUUGGAAGGGAGAAACCUUAUCACCAAGCUUCAGGCCAAACAUGACCUCCUUCAGAAGACUCUGGGAGAAAGUCAAAGGACUGACUGCUCUCUUGCCAGCAGACGCAGUUCUACCAUAAGGAAGCAGGAUUCCAGUCAAUCCAUUCCCCUGGUAGUAGAGAGCUGCAUACGAUUCAUUAGCAGACAUGGACUGCAGCAUGAAGGGAUAUUCAGGGUGUCAGGAUCUCAGGUUGAGGUGAAUGAUAUCAAAAAUGCAUUUGAGAGAGGGGAGGAUCCACUGGCCGGAGACCAAAAUGAUCAUGACAUGGAUUCAAUAGCAGGAGUUCUGAAGCUCUAUUUUCGAGGGUUAGAGCAUCCUCUCUUCCCCAAGGAAAUCUUCCAUGACCUGAUUGCCUGUGUCACGAUGGAUAAUCUUCAAGAAAGAGCUCUGCACAUUCGAAAAGUCCUUCUGACUUUGCCUAAAACCACAUUGAUUGUAAUGAGAUACCUGUUUGCAUUCCUCAGUCAUUUAUCGCAGUUCAGUGAAGAGAACAUGAUGGAUCCCUACAACUUAGCCAUCUGCUUUGGACCCACGCUGAUGUCAGUGCCUGAAGGCCACGAUCAGGUCUCCUGCCAAGCUCAUGUUAAUGAGCUGAUCAAAGCUAUAAUCAUCCAGCAUGAAAACGUCUUCCCAGGACCAAGGGAGCUGGAAGGCCCUGUGUACACCCGGGCCGGAAGCACUGAGGAUUACUGUGAAAGCCCUCAUGGGGAGACUGCCUCCACAGAAGAUGUAGCUCAGGAUAUGACUACUGAACAUCACACAAGCGAUGAUGAAUGUGAACCCAUUGAAGCAAUAGCCAGAUUUGACUACAGCGGCCGAACAGCACGUGAGCUGUCCUUUAAGAAAGGAGCGUCUCUCUUGCUUUAUCACCGGGCCUCGGAUGACUGGUGGGAGGGCCGUCAUAAUGGAAUUGAUGGUUUGAUACCUCAUCAGUACAUCGUUGUUCAGGACACGGAGGAUGGCACAUUGGAAAGAUCAAGCCCUAGAUCUGAAGUGGAAGUAAAUUCUGAGCCAACUGAAGAAAAAGUGACAGCCAGAGCUGGUUCCAACUGCCCGAGUGGCAGCCAUGUUGCAGAUAUUUAUCUUGCAAAUAUCAAUAAGCAAAGAAAAAGACCUGAGUCUGGCAGCAUACGAAGAGCUUUUCGUCAAAGUGAUGGUCAUGGACUGCCUAGCUCAUUGGGAGAACCAGGCCCACCAGGAGCUGUGGCUAGUUCUCGCCCUUCCUCACAACCCAUUAUGAGCCAAAGUCUUCCAAAGGAGGUACCGGACACAUGCUCUAUCAGUGGUCAUGGCAGCCUCAACUCCCUCAGCCGACACGCUUCUCUGAAGAACAGGAUAGACAGCCCCCACAUCCGAAAAAAUGUGACUGCCGGAAGGUCAAAGAGCUUUAACAAUCACCGACCAAUGGACCCUGAAGUCAUUGCACAGGAUAUUGAAGCUACUAUGAAUUCUGCUCUGAAUGAACUGCGGGAACUGGAGAGGCAAAGCACUGUGAAACAUGCACCCGAUGUAGUCCUCGACACCCUGGAGCCCCUGAAAACCUCCCCAGUUGUGGCACCCACGUCAGAACCUUCCAGCCCUUUGCAUACUCAGAUCCUCAAGGACUCUGAACCAGCUUUCCAGCGAAGUGCCAGUACAGCAAGCGAUAUUCCCUGCGCCUUCAGGCCAGCAAAGUCUGUCAAAAUAGCUGCCCAGGUCAAACCUCCAGCAACCAGACCGAAGCCAGCAGUUUUCCCUAAAACAACCACCUCAACCCCUGCAGUUUCCUCAGCAUCUCAACAGCCUACUGACAAGUCCUGUACUGUCUGAACUUGAAGCCCUUCUGUGAAAAUAUCUCAUAUGUUUAUUUGUUUUCCGAUGAGGAGAUGCAGUUAAGAAGAUAUUACAUUUUUUAUUUAACUAGUAUCAAACCUCUGCUGAAGAUUAGUUUAAGAAGUUACUAUAGCCCCCAGCAGCAAAGCGUCAGCUAAUCAAUCCCUUCACUUCUUUCAUCGGUGAUAUUAAGCAUCACAACUUUAUCUCUGGGCACUGUUGAAUGAGUGAGGAAAAGGCAAAACUGGAUAGCCUUUUCAAAGUAAAUUGCCAAUACUUUGGUCAAGUGUCUGGCCACUGAGAGAAAUCUUCGGUGUCCUCACAUUUUGGAAAUUAGUAGAAAGGACUUCUGUUUUUCAAACACUACAGGGAAAACUGCAACAGUGUUUCUCCAUGUACGCAUUUGCUCUUACUGGUUUAAGUAGACUUGGGCAUAUCUGGGCCUUAUUUGUGUGCACUGUUACAGUCCUCAGUGGUGACACUGGGCGUACUGAGUUUGCAUUGCAGCCUGCCUCUUUUCAGAGGAAUGUGUUCUCAGACAUAAGAGGUUUUCUGUUCUAGGUUUUUAAAAAAAUCAUAAUAGUGUCACACGAGCUAAGUUUCAGUUCUGUUGAUUCACAUGUUCAUUUGAAAUUAAACUGAUGUUGUAGAUAUUUGAGGAGUACCAGAGUUUGCUGCAUGGUUAAGCUCUCCCCUGGUUGCAUCUUUGCUUGGUGCUUCUGUAGCUGAAAGCAUUCAUAUGCUUUGAAAGGAGAUGUUAAAACUCUUUCUCUACAACAAACUUAGGAGACAAUAUAAAAAAAAGUUAAGUUUUGAAAAUCAGCUGUUCAUUCUCUUCCUUGUGUAGUAGUUGAGAGCAGCGGUCUCUUACCUGGUGCACUAGAUUUGUUUCCCCACUCCUACAUUUCCACUGGAUAACAUCGGGCUCGUCACAAUUCUGUCUGAACUCUCUCAGCUCCACCUACCUCGCAAGGUAUCUGUUGUGGGGGAAAAGGAAGGAAAAGAAGUGUGUAAGCCCCUUUGAGUCUCCUUACAGGAGAGAAAGAUGAGGUAUAAAUCCAAAGUCUCUUCUUCUUCAAAUGCAUGUUUAUGCUGAUUUUUGUAAAAUGAGAUAGGCUCAAGCCCAGUUUCACUAUUUCUGAGCUAUCCUAUAAAAUCUAGUUCUGAUUCUCACAUUUAGCAGACUAGGCUUGUAUUUUUCUUUUCUUCCCCCCCCCCCCCUUCCCUUCCCUUCCCUUUUCUUUCUUUUUUUUCUUUUUCCCUUUCCUCUCCCCUUCCCCCAUGGCUGUGGGUUGCAGGGAUUGGGGGGAAGGGGGGUGACAGCAUAAAACAAACAAAACAAAAGCUGCUGUAGGGUAUGGAGAGAGUCUGUGAUGCAGCCUAUGUCUGUGUAGAUCAUCAUGUCUCCACUCUAUUGAUAGUCAAAUGAAUCUUCUCAAUAUCUGAUUUUCACAUGAUGGAUUUUGAUUCAAGGUUCCAACAGACUGUGCAGAUGCUUCUUUACACUGAAUAGGAAUUUAUGUUCUACAUUUGAUAAACAUUUUUAAAAAGAUUGCACACUUCCAAAGGGACUGAGAGAGUUCCUCUGCCUCUUAUCUCACCUCCAUCCAAAGAGACUGCGAAUUAAAACUGAUUCUCAUGCUAUCACACUUCUUUGAUUCUCAAAUGGGAGUAAGAUAAAAAACAACAACUGAAAUGUGUGUUCUUUCAUGUGACAGGCCUGAGUACAAUUUCCUUUUCUUGUGGCUUUAUGAAUUGAAUAGUAACUGAUAUUUUAAUAGAAACAAGAUACUUGUCUUUUGUGAACAGACAUACUAUAGUGAUUUCAGCUUAAUUUAAGGCUGUUACUAGGACAGGCAUUUUUUAAAAUCUUAUAAAAUUAAAAGGGUUGUUUUUAAAGAAGAUUUGACAAUCUCACAGUUGGUUGUAGAAAGCAAACCUUGUGAAAGAUGGGGGGCAGUUUUCUUUUUUUAUAUAUUUACUAGUUGUUGCCUUCUGGAAACACUGACAGUCUUUGUGUGCAUUUUACUUCCACUUGGAUCUCGGCUAGCUCAAAGGAAUGAGAACUUGAUAUUAAAUCGGAUCAUUCGCUCUCAGGAUGAGACAGGUUUCUAAUCCAGGAAUCCAUUUCUUUUUAACUUGUUUUUAAGGUUAGUGUUUUACUCAGGCAAAGCUAUUGGAUUUUGUUUGUUCAUAAAACCAUGAUAGAAGUUCCACUAUCUCAGGCCACUUUAGAGCUUUAGUGCCCAUUAUAACCACAUGGUGUGUUAGAUAGCAUUUUCUCUCAUUCCUUCACAUACCUGUCAGUAAAUGCGUGCAAAAUACUCUGUAGCCUCAAACAUUGGCAAUUCUAACGUUUUGGCACUACAUAAGGUGGUGAUAGGUGAGAGCAGAAGAGCUACUUUGGAAAACACUAAUUAAGCACAUUAGCAAUGCUUUAUUUUGUCUAAGUUAAUAUCAAGCCUUGAACCAGUGAAGAGCAACUCAGCCGCCUGAGGCAUCAUAGAACAACUCUUUACUUAUUGGUUCCACAUUUUGGUUUGUGAAGAAACUGAUCAUUUUAAAAAACAUGUUUCUGACUGUUUUAACUUCAUUGUUUUGCUGACCUCAACAUGGGAGAACCUACUGAUAAGUGUAGCAAAAAUGUAGAGAAUACACAACAUAUUGUGUGCCAUCCGACAGGAAUUUAAAUAACCUUAUGUUGCAAAUGUACAUAUGUAAAGUAUCUUCAUUCCAUAGACAAGCUGCAAGCAAUUUUUUCAGGAAAUAUAUUACUUAAAUUGGUUUAGAUUUUCCUAGUUUUAAGACCUAGUUUUAAGUUUUAGAUAACCUGUAAUUUUACAAAGAUUUCUAUGCCCUUGCAUUUUUGGAAAGGGAUGUGCUGUCCACAUCUUUCUGGUGGACUCUCUUACUUGACAGAGAUUUAGAGUAUACAUUGACUUGAUCUGUGACUGCAUUGUGAAUACAGUGGACAACUUCAGUUGCAGAGUGUGCUUCCUCAGCUGCUAACAUUUUCAUUUGGCAGGGGCUCAGUAAAAAACACUGACCUUGCACAAGGGGGAGUGCUAGUAGCAUGCUCUACAUUGCACAUGGAAUGCAUAGAAUCCACAACUUAGAUUUUAUGUAACUGUGACUUGUGAUUUCUCCUUGAAGACUCCUGGAGAAUUUAGUUUGGUGAAGAUAUAAAGCCUCUCUGUUAGACAGUGCCCCCCACGCCCCCACCCCUACCCCGCCCUCCAAACUAUUUAAAUCAGAAUUAUCUGGGAAGAGGGAAUGGCUUUUCAGCUGAUGAAGUCUGUAGCAGAGAUAUGCCUAUACAAUGCUGUUAGAGUGGAGAACUAAUUACUUCUCUGUUGUAGGUCUGCCAUUCAAAAGGGAUAUUAAAUCAGUCCAGGAAUUACAAUUUGACCUGUGUUGUGUCAAGGGCAGAAGAGUUGGUUUUUAUAUCCCAUCUUUCUUAACCGUAAGGCUUACAAUCACCUUCCCCUCCCACAACACCUAUCUUGUGUGGCAGGCGGGGCUAAGAGAGUUUUGAGAGAACUGUGACUAGCCUAAGGUCACCCAGGAGACUUAAUGUGGUGGAGUGGGGAAUCAAACCCACUUCUCCAGAUUAGAGUCCACCACUCUUAACGACUAUACCAUGCAGGAAUAGUAAGCAAAUGUUUAUAACUGGAGCCAGGCAUUUUUGUUUCUAAGUGUCGAAGGGAUUGUCACUUAACAAAUAGAUGGUGAAAAAGGCAUCUCUGUGGAUAAUCUCUGGGAGUAUCUGCACCCGUGACAUUGUGUAACAUCUCAUUUAUCUUAACUGUUGUUUGUAGGCUUCUGAAUUAUAAACAUGCUUUAAUUAUUACUAAGUUGUCCCACCUUUUUACAAUCUUCGGGGAUUUAAAAGUCCUCAUGAUCCUCUAGGCUUAGUUCACAUCCUGGUACAUUGAACUCUAACCCAUUUUUUUUUAAAAAAAAUUCCUAUGUAUUGUUGCGAACUGCAUGGUGUAGCACUGGAUAUUAAACAACACUGUGAUCAUGAAGGAAAGUCUCUUAUAUGUACAUUGACUGCAAAAAGUCAAGAGGGAAAGGAAGGGAAAAAUAUCUCAUUCUGUUACUCCCACAAACACCAACAGGAAUUAGAAGUGCCAAUUCAAUGCAGCAGAAAUCAUCAGCAAGAGUUUGGGGUUCAUAUUUUAAUUAAUCUCUCCUAAGACUGAGGAUCCUGGCUAAUUGUUUGCCUGAUUCUUCCAGCUACCACCCAGGGCACAGGGUUUUCAUCCUGUAAAGAUUUGUUUCUGUAUUAGGGUUGCCAACUUCCAGGUGGGACCUGGAGUUUUUGGAAUUACAAUUGAUCUCCAGAUGAUAGAGAUCAGUUUCCUAGGAAGAUAGCCACAUGUCCCCUACCCAGACUUUGCCCUGCCCAGAUACUGACCUCACGUCUCAAGGAAUUUCACAAGCAGGAACUGAUAACGCUACAUAAGAAUAUAUAAUACCAUUUCUGUACCUGGCUACACUAUAUUUGUUAUGCUGAGUACUACAUACUGCAAGAUAUCCAGUGUCUUUCUGGUUGACAGUAGUUGUCACCUGCAGACCACAUUGAAUGUUGGGGAUAAAGGGCUAAGGGCAUACCCCUUUCUAUUGACAGUCUGAAAUAGGGAGAGAAAGGCAGGUUCCUGCCAGGGAGAGGAGAUACACCAAACACACUGUCUCAAGACUCCUUUGGGGAAGGGAAAACCAAAAAUGUAUCUAAUCUCUUCUCUCCCUAGUUUGAAUAUGUCUCCUCUCUCCUUGCCUUCAUCUUUCCUGCCUUCAUCUUUCCUGCUUUUCAAAGCAAUUGCCAGACAGGCAAGAGAGUGGUUUUUAACAGGUGCCCUAACAAUAUCCCUCAGUUUUGGACACUGCUUCCAAACUGUCAUUUCCCAAAUGCUGGUCUCUCACUAUGUUGCAAAAAAAAAAUCAUUUUGGGAUAUUUUGCUUAGAGCCUUAGCUUAAGCUUGUUUCUUUAAAAUGACUGACUACCUUUCAGGGCUAAAUUUUAUAGCAAUUGAGCUUUUUUAGGUUACAAAUUCAUAAUUAUUCAAUUGCCUGCAAGCUUUCCAUGAAGAUCAUGAUGACAUAAUGAAAGAAGUGCCUAAGAAACAGGAAGACAACAAAAACUGGUCUCCUUUGGUUGCAAGCUUGUCUUUUUCUGCAAGACCCUAUAGUGAGCCUGUUUACCCAGAAGGCAACCUCAAGUUGGGUAUCCAUAGGUUGCCGGGGGGGGGGGGUCCCCAAAAGGACACCAUGCUUUGAAUGUGUAUGUGGUGCCAAAUAUCUCUCAUAUCUAAGUAGUUGAUUCCUAAAAUGUUUAAUCAUGGUGAGAAUUCUACCUUUUUACUGAUCAACUCACAGAAACAUUUCCUCAUCUCCAAUAAUUAUAAAGAAUGAUGCUAGGACCGCACAAAGCUUGUGAAAAGCUGUUGCCUGUCUGCUGUGUACCGCACAAAUGAACAAUUAUGCACGUGCAGUGGCUGCUUUUUAAAGGUUCUAGCAACUUUCCUGUUCAUAUGCUUAAAUGGAAAAGAAAAGCAAUCGAAUCUUAGCUCAUUUUGAAAGUGCUGGAGUUGGGGGGCUGGAGAUAAUUUUUUAAAAUGGAUCAAACAGAUCUGUCUGUUUUUCUCUGUUGAGCCAGUAUGGGCACGUUUCCAUAUGUUGUAAAGCAAACCUUUGGUUAUAGUGGAACUAAAAUAAUUUUAAAGAGGACUUGUGUGUUUCUCUUUUUCACACUUUGAAGGUAGAUGAGUGUCAUCUGCCUAAGCAGGGCUUCAUAAAUUAGGCUCUGUGGGUGCCAAACUGCUAGAGCAAUAUACUAAACUAUGAACUGGUAACAUAAAGGACAGACCAUCAUCCAUCCAUGUAGCCAAAACACAGCAAGGGCUGAACCGCAUAUAUAUAUAUAUAUAUGAGAAAAAGAAUGGCAGCAAUGUCUUGAUUCUACUGUAUGUAACACAAUUCAAUUGCACAAUCUAGCAAUCUUCAUUUUUUUGUGUUUUUACAAUCUAAUCCUGCAAAGUCAGGUUUGGGUUUAUUCAGUGCAUUAUAUUAUUUGGUUUUUUAAAAAUUAACGUCUAUUUUAAUGGAUUUGGAAUGGAAUGUUCUUGUUUAAAAGCAAUUUGUUUCUUAUCUUUUACACCAGUCUAUAUAUAUGGUGUAUAUAUUUUACUUUCAAAACAAAAAAGAAAAAAACUGUAAAAUUGUACUUUGUAUAUAGUACUAUGUACAAUAUUGGAGGUACAUCUCUUCUUUCUUUUUGGUACAGUACUGUACAGUAUUAGAGGAGUAAAUGUGUUGGAAUUGUUAAACCCGAUUGAAGGGAAACAAAUAUAUCUGUUGUCAUUAGCAAUAGUUUUGGAAAAAAUAAAUGUUUGGAUAUGGUGGAAGUACUGAACUAUGGACAAAA